AGAAGGCUGCGCGACGCCAGAAGGGAAGCGGCGGCGGCUGCAGGAAGGGCGCGAGCCGUGGCUACGCGGCCGGUGUCCCUUCGGUGGUCUGUCCGACUGCCUCCGGCCCCCUGACGGAGGACGCGGCCCCGAGGUGCCCCCGAAGCCCUGGCCGCUGGCGGGGGAGAUCUGGCGUCUCAGCCCGCAGGACUGGCUCGAGGCGAGAUGUAGGGCGCUGGGCGCGGAGGCCGCGGGCGCGGCAGGGGGAGCGCGGAGGGCGCGCCGAGGAUGGAGAGAGCGAUGGAGCAGCUCAACCGCUUGACGCGCUCUCUGCGCCGCGCGCGCACCGUGGAGCUGCCAGACGAUAAUGAAACUGCUGUUUAUACAUUAAUGCCUAUGGUUAUGGCUGAUCAACACAGGUCUGUUUCUGAACUACUAUCAAAUUCAAAGUUUGAUGUCAAUUACGCAUUUGGACGUGUGAAAAGAAGCUUGCUUCACAUUGCAGCAAAUUGUGGAUCAGUGGAAUGCUUGGUUCUGCUUUUAAAGAAAGGAGCAAAUCCUAAUUAUCAAGAUAUUUCAGGCUGUACACCCCUUCAUUUGGCAGCUAGAAAUGGGCAGAAGAAAUGCAUGAGUAAAUUAUUAGAAUACUGUGCUGAUGUCAACAUUUGUAAUAAUGAAGGCCUUACAGCAAUACACUGGCUGGCUGUGAACGGGCGGACAGAACUACUCCAUGAUCUUGUACAGCAUGUCAGUGACGUCGAUGUUGAAGAUGCCAUGGGACAGACAGCGCUGCAUGUGGCCUGCCAGAACGGUCACAAGACGACAGUCCAGUGCUUGCUAGACAGUGGCGCUGAUAUUAACAGGCCAAAUGUAUCAGGAGCUACUCCAUUGUACUUUGCUUGCAGUCAUGGUCAGAGAGAUACAGCACAGAUUCUUUUAUUACGAGGAGCCAAAUACCUGCCAGAUAAAAAUGGAGUAACUCCUUUGGAUUUAUGUGUACAGGGUGGUUAUGGAGAGACGUGUGAAGUAUUAAUUCAGUAUCACCCUAGGCUUUUCCAGACAAUUAUUCAAAUGACACAGAAUGAAGAUCUCCGAGAAAACAUGUUACGGCAGGUUCUGGAACAUUUGUCUCAGCAAAGUGAAAGCCAGUAUUUAAAGAUUCUAACAAGCCUUGCUGAAGUUGCCACAACAAAUGGUCAUAAAUUGCUUAGCAUAUCUAGUAAUUAUGAUGCUCAAAUGAAGAGCCUUUUAAGGAUCGUGAGGAUAUUUUGUCAUGUCUUUCGAAUUGGUCCAUCCUCUCCCAGUAAUGGAAUCGAUAUGGGCUACAAUGGGAAUAAAACUCCAAGAAGCCAGGUUUUUAAGCCUCUUGAAUUGCUUUGGCACUCUUUAGAUGAAUGGCUAGUUUUAAUAGCUACAGAACUGAUGAAAAACAAAAAGGACUCAACGGAUAUCACUUCUAUUUUACUGAAACAAAAAGGCCAAGAUCAAGAUGGUACUUCCAUUCCUUCAUUUGAACCUCCAGGACCUGGGAGCUAUGAAAAUCUAUCCACUGGCACAGGGGAAUCUAAACCAGAUGCUCUUGGAGGGAAACAGGAAGCCAGUGCAGACUGUCAGGAUGUUAUUUCUAUGACAGCUAACCGGCUAAGUGCUGUCAUUCAAGCUUUUUACAUGUGCUGUUCUUGUCAGAUGCCUCCAGGAAUGACUUCACCUCGGUUCAUUGAAUUUGUCUGCAAACAUGAUGAAGUUUUAAAAUGUUUUGUUAAUAGAAAUCCCAAGAUUAUAUUUGACCACUUUCACUUCCUCCUUGAAUGUCCUGAAUUGAUGUCAAGAUUUAUGCAUAUCAUAAAAGCACAGCCAUUUAAAGAUCGCUGUGAGUGGUUCUAUGAACAUUUGCAUUCAGGACAGCCAGACUCAGACAUGGUGCACCGGCCAGUGAAUGAAAAUGAUAUCCUGCUGGUCCAUAGAGAUUCUAUUUUUAGGAGUAGCUGUGAAGUUGUGUCAAAAGCAAAUUGUGCAAAGCUAAAGCAAGGAAUUGCUGUACGGUUCCAUGGAGAAGAAGGCAUGGGUCAAGGUGUUGUGCGUGAGUGGUUUGAUAUUCUAUCUAAUGAGAUAGUCAAUCCCGAUUAUGCAUUGUUUACCCAAUCAGCUGAUGGAACAACUUUUCAACCUAAUAGCAACUCCUAUGUAAAUCCUGAUCAUUUGAACUAUUUCCGGUUUGCUGGACAGAUCUUGGGAUUAGCUUUGAACCAUAGGCAGCUGGUUAACAUUUACUUCACGAGGUCAUUCUACAAGCACAUUCUUGGUAUUCCUGUGAAUUACCAAGAUGUGGCAUCCAUUGAUCCAGAAUAUGCCAAAAAUUUGCAGUGGAUUUUAGAUAAUGAUAUUAGUGAUCUGGGUCUAGAACUGACUUUUUCUGUUGAGACUGAUGUGUUUGGAGCAAUGGAAGAGGUGCCUUUGAAACCUGGGGGUGGAAGUAUUCUUGUUACACAAAAUAACAAAGCGGAGUAUGUCCAGCUUGUCACUGAACUUCGAAUGACCAGAGCCAUCCAGCCUCAGAUCAAUGCUUUUUUACAGGGCUUUCAUAUGUUCAUUCCACCUUCCCUCAUACAGCUUUUUGAUGAAUAUGAAUUGGAGCUCCUGCUGUCUGGCAUGCCAGAAAUUGAUGUGAGUGAUUGGAUAAAAAAUACAGAAUACACAAGUGGCUAUGAAAGAGAAGAUCCAGUUAUUCAGUGGUUCUGGGAAGUUGUGGAAGAUAUUACACCGGAGGAGAGAGUUCUUCUCUUGCAGUUUGUUACUGGCAGUUCCAGGGUCCCACAUGGAGGAUUUGCUAAUAUCAUGGGUGGAAGUGGAUUGCAGAACUUUACAAUUGCUGCUGUGCCAUAUACUCCAAAUCUUCUACCGACCUCGAGCACGUGCAUCAACAUGCUCAAGUUACCUGAAUACCCAAGUAAGGAAAUACUCAAGGACAGGCUUCUUGUGGCUCUGCAUUGUGGCAGCUAUGGUUACACAAUGGCAUAAUGAAGUCUGGAAAACUCACCUGACUGCUGAUGUGCAAUUCAGAGUGGCAGAAGUAAUUUAGGAAACUGUCAACAGAAAAGCAGCCUAAAUGCAGCCCAUAGGCAGGGCUGAUGUUUAAAAUUCAUAAAGGAUCAGGUUUUCUUUUGUCCUCUGCUUUCUUUUCCCUGUUAUGUUUUCUCAGGUCGUGAUACAGUUGGAAAUAUAAAAUCACAGUAGUCUUCAUUUAAAAAAUGCUAAUUGAAAGUAGUAGAAACUGUCCUUUUUCAUGUCUUUAAUCUAAUCCAAGAUUGUGUUAAGGCAAAAUAUUCUGCAUUCCACAUCUGCUGCAUAAUUGUUUUGUUUAAAACCUGCUGUCUCUUUACUUUCCUGUGUAGUAAAUUAUAUUAGGGCAUCCAGCCUGGUAUGUCUUAUUGCAUGUAAAGUGCCAUUUAUAUUUUGGAAAACUGUUGUAUAGAAUGGAUUAAUUUACAUUGUGUAUAAAGCCACAAAUACGUAUUUUCCCAUAUUGAAUCUAUAUUGCAAUGAUGUUUUUUAGCUUUUAAAUAUUUUAAUAUGUAAAGUUCAGACUGAUGUGACUAAUAAACAGCUGAUGAAAUGAUGUCUGAUUUAUAUAUUAAAACUUAUGCUAUAUUGUAUGUAUUAUUUGCAUCUUUCAGUGGUCACUUUUUCAUAUACAUAUAUUGUCUCAAGGUUUUUCUUAUGUCUUAUUUUAAUUUAUAUUUUAGAUAAAUAUGAUAUUUUACCAUAUUUCUUUUCAUUACUUUUGUUUUUUUGUGUGAGCUCUAGUGGUAGUAUUUGAAGAUGUAAUCCAUUUUGUAGAUUACAAUUUAUGUUAAUUUUUUUCUUAAAUUUACUUUUUUUUUUGGCCGUGCCUGCAGCAGGCAGAAGUUUCCAGACCAGGGAUUGCACCCAAGCCACAGCAGUGACAACACUGAAUCCUUAACACUAGGCUACCAGGGAAAUGCAAAUUUGCUUUUGUAAUUAGAAUGUUGAGUUCAGGUGAUAUAUACAUAAUACAGAACAUUGGGUUUUUUAAUUUUAGGGUGGCCUAAUCAGUUUUCUAUUAAAAGACACAUUUGGAUAGUUAUAGCAUACCUUUUGGGAAAGGAGGAACCCUCACACAUUAAAAAUACUGAUGGAGGAAUUUGUAAUGUUUUGGGUCUUGCCUCUGGAAACGAAAAAUAUUCUAUCUAGUGGCAUCAUUAUUGGUAAAAUGAUGUCUAUAUUUUAUUUUAUUUUUUCUAUUAUAGUUGAUUUACAGUGUUGUGCUAAUUUCUGCUGCACUAUACAUAUUUUCUCACAUGAGCCAUCAGUGUAUUUGUCACUGACAAGUGUAAACAAUGUGUGUGUGAGUAUAGACAAAUACGUGUUGUAUAUACAUGUAUAUAGGCAUAUACACCAAAAGCUUUGCUAAAUUAUAAAACUUCUUUAA